AUGGGCCCAGCAUUUUCGAGGCGUCCUCAACCGCCCUUCCGCCCUUCCGCCAUCUCGCACGCCGCCAUCGAGCGUUUGCCGCAAGUGGAGACCAACGCGGACAUCGACUUCCCGCCAUCUCUACAGGAGACCAUCAGGGCCGUGCAGCAGCUCUCCAGCGGGAAAGCACCCGAAUCGGACGCAAUCCCUGUUGAGGUCUCCAAGCAUGGAGGUCCCCAACUGCUGGAUCACCUGACUGCGCUCUUCCAGGAGAUAUGGCGUGAAGGCGAAGUCCCGCAAGAUUUCAAGGACGCAAUCAUCAUGCAAAAAUUCGGCUGUCCGGAGCGAUUCCCUCAGAUGGUGCGUCAGCUGCACGACGGUAUGAUGGCGCGAGUCACGGACAACGGAGCUGUCUCAGAGGCAUUCGCAGUGACCAACGGAGUGAAGCAGGGCGGCGUACUGGCGCCUACCCUCUGCAGUCUCAUGUUCUCUGCCAUGCUGAUGGACGCCUACCGCGACGAACGCUCCGGGAUCCGCAUCGCCUACAGGACGGACGGUCACCUGCUGAAUCAACGGCGGAUGCACUUCCAAUCGCGCGUAUCCACAACCACUGUUCACGAACUCCUCUUCGCCGACGACUGCGCCCUGAACACCACCUCGGAAGACGAGAUGCAACGGAGCAUGGACCUGUUCUCCGCCGCCUGCGAGAAUUUCGGUCUGGUCAUGAACACGCAGAAGACGAUGGUGAUGCACCAACCGCCACCCAACUCAGCCACAGUCCCCAACGCGCCGCCGCAAAUCAGCGUGAAUGGGACCCAACUGCAAGUGGUGGAGAACUUCCCGUACCUGGGCAGUACUCUCUCCCGCAACACCAAGAUCGACGACGAAGUCGCCAACAGGAUCUCGAGAGCCAGCCAAUCCUUCGGUCACCUCCAAAGCACAGUUCGGAAUCGUCAUGGUCUUCAGCUGAGCACGAAGCUGAAGAUUUACAAGGCCGUCAUCCUGCCGACACUACUGUAUGGAGCGGAGACUUGGACGGUGUACGCAAAGCAGGCACGUCGACUAAACCACUUCCACCUCAGCUGUCUCCGCCGCAUCCCGAGGCUGAACUGGCAGGAUCGAAUCCCCGACACUGAUGUGCUGGAACGGACGGGACUCCUCAGCAUCUACUCCAUGUUGAGACAAAUGCAGCUGCGCUGGAGCGGCCAUCUGGUGCGCAUGGACGACGAGCGAUUACCCAAACGACUCUUCUACGGAGACGUCGCGACGGGUUCUCGCCGUAAAGGAGGCCAGAUUCGCCGUUACAAGGAUACUCUGAAGUCCUCCCUGAAACGCCUGCAAAUCAACACGACCAACUGGGAAGAGCUCGCACUCGAUCGACCGACCUGGAGGAGGACAGUGAAGACAGGCGCUGCGAUCUACGAAGCCAACUGCAUCGUCGUCGCCAAAGCGAAACGCGAAGCCCGCAAAUCACAACUUCGCCCAGUACGCAACGCCGCCGCACAACCGCUUCCAACGUGUCCUCGAUGUCAACGGACAUUCCGGGCACGAAUCGGACUUGUUGGACAUCUUCGGAUUAACUGCGCCUCUGGAACUGCACCAACCAUCGUCCCCCCGCCCGCCUCUUACUCCUCCUCUCCGCCGCCAAAUAACUCUGACAAUUCUUCUGACCCACCACUACCAUCCUCCUCCUCCUCCUCCUCCUCCUCCUCCUCCUCCUCCUCCACCACCACUGCCCCAACGGCCACAUCACUAACCGCGACACAACAACAGACACCACCACCACCACCACCACCUCCCCCGACUCCAGCUAUGAGGAUCAGGACUACACCUGCUCUCACUGUGACCGCACCUUCACCUCACACAUCGGCCUGA